CGUUCCACGUUGACGGUAGUUCCAGGUUACCUCUGUUGCCGAGCUGUGAUCCGACUGCGGGACCGGGACCGGAUGAGUCCGAGUGGGGAUGACAUCAAGUCCCGUCACUGCGGAUGUGGACGACGCGCAACUUCCAGUGAACCUAGCAGUUUCCCUGAGCAAUCCGACUGGUCAAUCAACUCAUCCCCCGUACCGUACCGUACCGUCCCAAGGUCAUCUAUCCAGCGCACCUAUCUAUCCCUCCCUCUUCAAUCCACCUCAACACCCGAACCAACCCAAACCAAUCUCCAUCCAUUCCCCUUUUUUUCCAUUGUUCGAAAUGCGCCUCCCCUACGUCCACGUCCCCACCACCUCCCCCUCAGGUUCCUCAACCUCAACCGAAGCCAUAAUCCAACGCAUCCGCGCCCGCCGCGCACCCCGUCCCCUCCAGCCCCUGGACCUGACCCUCCUCCACUCGCCCCCCAUCGCAGACGGGUGGAACUCCUUUCUCGCCGCCAUCCGCACGCAAACUUCCUUGUCGGCAGACCUCCGUGAGCUGGCCAUCUGCCGGGUGGCGGUUGUCAACCGGGCGUGGUAUGAGUGGAUGCAUCAUGCGCCGCUGGCGGAGCAGGCUGGGGUUGGGAAGGAGGCGUUGGGGAGGGACGGGGUGGUCAGGAGGGAGGGGGAGUUAAGGCUUGUGCGUGGGGAUGGGGAGGGGGGCUAUGAAAAGGGGGAGGGUAAGGGCAAGGAUGGGGAGGCGGAUGGAAAGGGGGUUUUGACUGAGAAACAGUGGGCGGUGGUGUGCUACACGGAUGAGAUGACGCGGAAUGUGCAGGUUAGGGAGGAGACGUUUCAACGGAUGAGGGAGUUGUUUAAUGAGAGGGAGAUUGUGGAGAUUACGGCCACGGUUGCUUGCUACAACUGUGUGAGCCGCUUUCUGGUGGCGUUGGAUGUGGGUGAGCGGAACGCGAUGGGGCCAGACGCAGCGCAUUAG